CUUCAACAAAAAGGAAUAUGGAACCUUCAAAAGCUAGAGAUGCUACACUAAGUUGCUUUGCUGCAUAUGUGGUGUGUAUAUUGUGUGCUUACUUUAUGUUGUUUGAGAAUAAAAGAGAAGUACUUCCUAGGGAACCAACAGAGUGUAGAGAUUCAUUGAGUUAUGCUUAUAUCAACCGAUUAUUUUAUGGCGGCAGAACAUUUGCAUAUGACUACUUAAGGAUGGAUAGAGGUCCAUUUUUCAACCUUGUUCGCAUGUUACAAAAGUCUAGACUUCUUAAAGGUACCAUGCAUGUUUCCAUCGAGGAGCAAGUUGCUAUGUUUUUACACAUAGUAGGGCAUAAUGCAAAAAAUAGGGUUGUUGGUAUAAACUUUGUACGUUCAGGUGAAACUAUUAGUAGGUACUUCAAUGCAGUCCUCGUGGCAAUAUUAAAACUGAGACCAUUACUAAUGAAGCAAGCAAGUGGUGAGGUAUGCGAUGAGAUUCGUUGUAGAUCAACUUGGUACCCUUGGUUUGAGGUAAAGUGUAUUAUUUUUCAAUCAUUGAUAUCUAUACUUCGUAAGGUAAUAUGUAAUAUAAAAUGGCGAAUUUAUAUGUUAUGUAUGUUUAAAUGGUCAUAACUGUAUUGGUAUGAUUGAUGGAAC